AAAAGGGAACAUGAAAAAGACAGGGAAAGAGAACGAAAGAAAAUGAAAAUAUGGAAAACCCACCACUCUCUCUCCUUUCCUCCCUUUCUACCUCCAUUGACGAUUUUCUCGAGUUAAUAAUUCCCCAAAUUUUCUUCACAUUUUUAGCUCAUUAAUUUCUUAAUUCACGUCAAUUCAUGGAUUUUGUCAAUUUGGUGUGAUUCGAUUGGAUUGCCCCUCGCAUAGAAUAAUGUUUCACCUGAUCCGAUCUCUCUGUCAUCAAUUUUGAUUUAUCGUCGCGCUGAAGGUCGUGUAUUUAAUUCCUAAUUCCACAUUACUGCAAUGCAAAUGUUUGUAAAUGUUGCAUGCGCGUAUUGCACUACGUUUAUAUGCGGUAUACGCCAAUUACAUAAAUAUUUGCAACUGUAGACGGUGAUCUGCGGUUGUUGGGUGGUGGUUCAGCUUCUGCUUCGUUGCAACGGUGGCGUGAAUUGGCGGAGAACACUCUCACGAGUAAUUCAUGUGAAAUGUACAAAAAAAUCGUUAGAAAUUGAGUGGUUCGGAGAUUUUUGGGAGUGAAAAAAUUUGAAUCUGGAGAGGAGCUACGAGGAGGCUAAAUCUGCAAGCAUUUUCGCCGACUUUUUGGCUCAGAAAUUACAGGUGGCGGAGAAUUUGUUAAAAAGGGUAGACUCGAUUUGCAAAUGUCGAGGAUAUAUAAUGUUGGAAAGAAGGAGAAAAACCCUUCAACUCUGUGGCAAAAGAAUCAGGAUUCAAAUGGAGCUGCUGAAGCUGCUGAUACAGAUGAUUCAGAUAAGGCGAUCACGAGAGUUGCUCAAUUAAUUGAACAACUACAUUCUAACGCAUCCUCAUAUGAGAAGGAGCUCACUACAACUCGUUUGCUAGGUAUAGCCAGAGCAAGAAAGGAAGGAAGAGCUCUUAUUGGAUCUCAUGGUCAGGCAAUGCCUCUGCUUGUAUCUAUUCUUCGAAAUGGUAGUCUGCUGGCAAAAAUAAAUGUUGCUGCGACAUUGAGUGCCCUGUGUAAAGAAGAGGAUCUAAGAUUAAAGGUGCUUCUAGGUGGAUGUAUUCCCCAUUUACUCUCACUUUUGAAGUCUGAUGCAACAGAAGCUAGGAAAGCAGCUGCAGAGGCAUUAUGUGAAGUAUCUUCAGGUGGACUUUCAGAUGAUCAUGUGGGCAUGAAGAUAUUUGUUACAGAGGGUGUGGUGUCAUCCUUAUGGGAGGCGUUGAAUGCAAAAUAUAAGCAGGAAAAAGUGGUGGAGGGAUUUAUUACAGGGGCACUGAGAAAUCUUUGUGGGGAUAAAAAUGGGACCUUGAUGAAAACUCUUGAUGCUGGUGCAGUAGAUGUAAUUGUCAACCUUCUACAUUCUGAUAAUAUUGUUGCUCAGUCCAAUGCUGCUUCUCUCCUAGCACGCCUGGUGUUCGCUUUCACAGAUACUAUUCCGAAGAUAAUUGAUUCUGGGGUAAUCAAAGUUUUGCUCUGUCUUUUAAGUGAACAAAAAGAUGUUUCUGUAAGAGCCAGUGCUGCUGAAGCAUUAGAAGCACUUUCUUCGAAAUCAGAGAAAGCUAAGCAAGCUAUUAGUGAUUCCCAAGGUAUGCAAAUACUAAUUGGAGGUGUAGUUGCUCCUUCCAAAGAAGGUAUGCAAGGAGAGUGGGGGCAGGCUCUUCAGCAGCACUCAGCGUUUGCUUUAGCAAAUAUCUUUGGGGGUAUGUCGGCAUUAAUAAUUCAUCUUGCAGAACUUUCUCAUUCACCAAGGUUAGCAGCUCCAGUUCCCGAUAUCCUAGGCUCACUUGCUUACAUUUUAAUGAUUUUCAAGCUGAGCCGUGAUGAAGAACCAUUUAAUUCAAUCAAGGUCGAAAGUAUUUUAGUAGUGCUUUUAAAGCCUAGAGAUAAUAAACUUGUACAGGAACGAAUCCUUGAGGCAAUGGCUAGCCUAUAUGGCAAUCCUCAUCUUUCAGUUGGUACCAAUCAGUCAGAAGCUAAAAGGGCGCUAGUUGGGCUCAUAACUAUGGCUACUGGUGAUGCUCAAGAAUAUUUAAUUUUGUCGCUAAUUCAGUUAUGCACUGAAGAGGUAAGUGUGUGGGACGCCUUGGGAAAGAGAGAAGGAAUUCAAAUACUGAUUUCAGCAUUGGGUUUGUCCAGUGAACAGAACCAAGAGUAUGCAGUUGAAAUGCUUGCAAUCCUGACUGAACAAGUGGAUGACAGCAAGUGGGCAAUCACAGCAGCUGGUGGGAUUCCACCACUUGUGCAGUUAGUAGAAGCUGGGUCCCAAAAGGCAAGAGAAGUUGCAACUAAUAUUUUGUCCAACUUGGGCAGUUAUAGUGAAGAUGUUCGAGCUUGUGUUGUAAGUUCUGGAGCCAUCUCCGCUUUUUUGUGGCUUCUAAAGCAUGGUGGAGCAAAGGGGCAAGAAGCUGCGGCUAAUGCCCUAAUAAAGCUUGUUCGGGAUGCUGAUUCAGCCAUAAUUAACCAAUUGUUGGCUUUGCUCUAUGGGGACCCUCCAAGCUCCAAGGUCCAUGUCAUCAAAGUUUUAGGACAUAUACUUGGUGUAGCACCAUGCAGUGAUCUCGUGAGUCAGGGUGGUGCUGCUAACACAGGUUUGAGGUCACUCGUCAAGAUUCUCAAAUCAUCAAAUGAGAAGACUCAGGAAUAUGCAGCAUCUGUUUUGACAGAUUUAUUCAGCUGUCGGCAAGACAUAUGUGAUAGCCUUGCAACAGAUGAAGUUAUUAAUCCAUGUAUACAACUUUUAACUAGCAAAACUGAAGGAAUUGCAACUCAGUCAGCUCGAGCGUUGGGCGCUUUAUCUCGUCCUACCAAGUCUACAAAUAAGAUGUCUUAUAUUGCUGAACGUGAUGUGAAGCCAUUAAUCGAGUUAGCCAAAACAUCAUCAAUUGAUUCUGCAGAAACGGCAAUGGCCGCUUUAGCUAAUCUGUUAUCAGAUCCUCACGUAGCUGAAGAAGCACUGGCUGAGGAUGUUGUUUCAGCUAUAAUUAAAGUCUUAGAAGAAGGAUCAUUAGAGGGUAAGAAGAAUGCUUCAAGAGCUCUUUGCCAAUUAUUGAAGCAUUUUCCAGUAGGUGAUGUACUUACUGGGAGUGGCCAAUGCCGGUUUGCUGUUCUUGCUCUUGUUGAAUCCUUAAAUGCAAUGGAUACGAGUAGCAAUGAUGCUGCCGAUGUGUUGGAGGUUGUUUCACUAUUGUCUCAGAUGAAGCAGGUCCGCAACUCAAGUUACUCACCAUGGUACGCCCUUUCUGAAGCUCCAUCAAGCUUAGAGCCUCUGGUCCGUUGCUUGUGUGAGGGGCCGGUCAAAAUGCAAGAUAAAGCAAUAGAAAUUUUGUCUAGACUUUCUGGGGAUCAACCAAUUAGGCUAGGCGAUUUAUUGGUUUCAUAUUCCAGAUCAAUUGGUGCAUUAGCCAAUAGAGUAGUGAAAUCGAGAAGCCUAGAAGUGACAGUUGGAGGAACAGCACUGCUAAUAUGUGCUGCCAAGGUAAAUAAAACUCGAUCGCUGGAUGUACUUGAUAGAUCUGGAUGUAUGAAAUCUCUAAUUUAUGCAUUAGUAGAUAUGGUCAAGCAGAAUUCUUCUCCUUAUUCUCCUGAUCUUGAAAUUAAAACUCCAAGAGCCUACAGAGAUAGAUCAGCUUUUCGAGAUGGAGAUGAAUUUUAUGUGCCUGAUCCUGCAACUGUCUUGGGAGGUACUGUCGCCUUGUGGUUGCUCUGCUUAGUUUCUUCAUCUCAUUCAGAGAACAAAAUUACUGUGAUGGAAGCUGGGGGACUAGAAGUCCUACAUGACAAGAUUGCAAGACACACUAAUGAUGACCUGGCAGAUUUUGAGGACUCAGAGGGAACAUGGAUCAGCACUGCUCUUGCAGCUGUACUAUUCCAGGAUUAUAAAGUUGUCUCUUCGCCGAUGAUGAUGCAUUUUGUGCACUCACUUGCUGUCCUCUUGAAGUCAGACGAAGUGAUUGACAGGUUCUUUGCUGCUCAGGCAAUGGCUAGUAUUGUUUGCCAUCGGGACAAAGGAAUAAACCUUGCCAUAGCAAACUCAGGUGCAGUAGCUGGGUUAGUAACCCUAAUUGGGCACUUGGAAUCAGAAAUGCCGAAUCUGAUAGCCUUAUCUGAAGAAUUUUCUCUGGCAAGGAAUCCUGAUCUGGUGGUUCUAGAUACUCUAUUCCAAAUUGAUGAUGUCAGAUCAGGUUCUGUUGCUCGGAAGACCAUCCCCUUGCUUGUUGACUUAUUGAAACCCAUCCCAGAUAGACCUGGAGCCCCUGCAUCUGCUGUUCGCCUUUUAAUUCAGAUUGCAGAUGGAAAUGAUACUAAUAAACAACUCAUGGCUGAAGCUGGGAUCCUGGAUGCUCUGACUAAAUACCUAUCUUUGAGCCCUCAAGACUUAGUAGAGGCAACUAUAUCUGAGUUGUUAAGGAUAUUGUUUACCAAUCACGAUCUUAUUCGAUACGAAGCAGCAAUUAGUUGCAUGAAUCAACUCAUUGCUGUUCUCCAUUUGGGAUCAAGAAAUGCUAGAUUGAGUGCUGCUAGAGCUUUGAGCGAACUCUUUUAUGCUGAUAAUAUAAGAGAUUCUGAAUCAUCAACACAAGCAAUUCAGCCUUUGGCUGCCAUGCUUGAUGCUCAUUCUGAAUGUGAACAAGAGGCUGCUUUAUGUGCUUUAAUUAAGUUGACUUCAGAUAGCAACACAAAGGCAUCUAUGCUGGCUGAAGUUGAAGGCAAUCUUGUUCAUAGUCUUUGCAGGAUCCUUGUAUCUGCUUCUUCUUUAAAAUUGAAAUGUGACGCUGCAGAAUUAUGCCGUGUGCUUUUUGGUAAUUCAAGAUUCAAAGAAAUUCGAUUUGCUUCUGAAUGCUUGGAACCCUUGAUAUUGCUGAUGCAGUCUAAUAGUGAAAAGGCAGUGGAAGCUGGUGUUUGUGCUUUUGAGAGAUUAUUGGAUGAUGAACGACUAUUGGAAAUUAAAUCGAGACAUGAUUUUAUAAGUAUGCUUGUUGCUCUAGUCUCUGGGUCAAAUUAUCGGCUUAUUGAAGCAAGCAUCGGUGCACUUAUUAAAUUGGGCAAAGACAGAACUCCACGCAAGUUGGAUAUGGUCAAUGCUGGAAUCAUAGAUAAAUGCCUUGAGUUACUCCCUACUGCUCCAAGUUCAUUGUGUGCACUGAUUGCAGAACUCUUCCGCAUCUUGACAAACAGUAGUGCCAUUUCAAAAAGCUCGGUAGCUGCAAAAAUCGUGGAACCUCUGUUUAUGGUGCUCCUUAGGAAAGAUUUUGGACUGUGGGGACACCAUAGUGCACUGCAAGCACUUGUUAACAUUCUGGAGAAACCACAUAGUCUUUCGACUUUGAAACUUACUCCUAGUCAAGUCAUUGAACCUCUAACCUCAUUUCUUGAAUCCCCAUCUCAAGCUAUCCAGCAGCUUGGUGCAGAGUUGCUGUCUCAUCUCCUUGCACAAGAACAUUUUAAGCAAGAUAUAACCACAAGAAGUGCAAUAGUUCCUCUUGUCCAUCUUGUUGGACUUGGCAUAUUCAACAUACAAAAAACUGCAAUAAAGGCAUUGGAGAGUAUCUCUUUAAGUUGGCCAAAGGCAGUUUACGAUGCAGGUGGUGUAGUUGAACUUUCCAAAGUCAUCGUUCAAAAUAACCCUUUACCCCCCGUGGAUUUAUGGGAAUCUGCUGCCUUAGUUAUCUCAAACCUUCUACGGUCUGAUUCUGCAUACUAUCUUCACAUUCCAGCUGAAGCACUUGUGAAAAUGUUGUACUCAACUGCAGAUAACACAAUUAAGACUGCAUUAAACGCUCUCAUUGUUCAAGAGAAGACAGAGGCCUCGAGUGCCGAAUUGAUGGCUGAAGCCGGUGCUAUAGAUGCAUUGUUGGACUUACUAAGGUCACACCGAUGUGAAGAAUCAGCAGCAAGGCUACUAGAAGCAUUAUUCAAUAAUACACGAAUACGGGAAACAAAGGCUUCUAAAUAUGCGAUCGCACCCCUAUCUCAGUACUUGCUGGACCCUCAAACAAAAUCACAAACUGGUAAACUCCUCGCAGCUCUUGCACUUGGUGAUCUCUCCCAACAUGAAGGGCUUGCUAGAGCUAGUGUUUCUGUCUCGGCAUGUCGGGCACUAGUAAGCCUUCUUCAAGAUCAGCCAACUGAGGAAAUGAAAAUGGUGUCAGUUUGUGCAUUACAAAACUUUGUUGUGCGCAGUAGAUCCAAUAGAAGAGCAGUUGCUGAAGCUGGUGGUGUUUUGGUGAUUCAAGAACUGGUGAUGUCCCCAGAUCCAGAACUUGUUGGACAAGCCUCAUUGCUCAUCAAAUUUCUCUUUUCAAACCACACCCUUCAAGAAUAUGUGUCAACCGAACUGAUAAGGUCGUUGACAGCUGCUUUGGAGAGAGAAUUAUGGUCCGCAGCCACUGUCAAUGAAGAGGUGUUGAGGACAAUACUUGUUAUCUUUUCAAAUUUUCAAAAGCUUCAUAUCUCUGAAGCUGCAACACUGUGUAUAUCCCAUUUGGUCACAGCACUGAGGGCUGGGAGCGAGAAUGCUCAGGAUAUAACGUUGACUACCUUGUGUUUGCUGAAACAUUCAUGGUCAACCAUGCCACUAGAUGUAUCAAAAUCCCAAGCUAUGGUUGCAGCGGAAGCCAUCCCUAUUUUACAAAAGCUUAUGAAAAGUUGUCCACCAAGUUUUCAGGAAAGAGUAGAAAGCUUAUUGAGUAGCUUACCCGGUUGCUUAACAGUCACCAUUAACCGAGCUAACAAUUUGAGACAGGUUUUAGGAGGAACCAAUGCUUUUUGCCGAUUGACUAUAGGUCAUGGCCCUCCUAGGCGUACUAAGGUUGUGAACCAUAACACCUCACCGGAAUGGAAAGAAGCGUUUACGUGGGCCUUUGAUGUGCCACCUAAGGGGCAAAAGUUGCACAUUGUGUGCAGAAACAAAAGUACGUUUGGAAAGAGUACUCUUGGUAAGGUCACAAUUCAAAUCGACAAAAUUGUGAAUGAAGGAGUACACAGUGGCGUUUUCAACCUCAGCCACCACGAUAAAGAGGGCUCUAAGAAGGAAGGAUACACUGGCCUUUUUGGCCUCGGCAGCAACCAUGAUCACCAUAAAGAUAAAGAUGGCUCUACCCAUAAAGAAGGGCACGGUGGGCUUUUCAACCUCAGUCACAGUCACAGCCACCACCAUGAUCGCCCUAAAGAUAAAGAUGGCUCUAGCCAUAAGGAAGGGCAUGGUGGCCUUUUUGGCUUGGGCCACAGCCACAGCCACCACCAUGAUCGCCCUAAAGAUAAAGAUGGCUCUACCCAUAAGGAAGGGUCUGAACGGACGCUUGAACUUGAGAUAACCUGGUCCAACAGGGUCGACUAAAAAGUGUGUAUCAGAGGACGAAGCACCAACAUAUCCCACCAUUUGAGGUAACGGCUUGGCAAUUGUGGAAAAUAUUUUGAGCUAUGCUUUGCAAAGGGCCCAAAAUCUUGAGGUGAGGCAUGGCAAAAGGAACCAUCCACUUGAAAAAUGGUGAAACACAUGAAGCUAAAUUAUCUUAUACCAAUGUGAAUAUCUGCCUAGAAUGUUCAAGUUUUGAAGAGACUAUAUAAACAUAAUAGAAAGUUGGCCAGGUUUAGUGGGAAGUGGGAUGAAAGCCAUCCCAUAACCAAGAUCUCGAUCUAGUUGUUUGAAAUGCAACUUCUUUAUGUACAGAAUAUGUAGUGGUUUAGCAGCUGUAAUUGGAAAUGUGCUCCUCUAUUAUUUGGUGAAAAUGAGGCUGCACUUAGUAUUAUGUAUCAGUAACAUCGUAUCGCGUAAAUGUAAAUGCAAAUAGCCUUUUGAAAUGCAUGAGUUUUGUAAUUUUCCUGUA